AUGGCCUCUCGUAAAACCGUCAACCGUCGCCAACGACCACAAAGAGCCACAUCAAAUGUCUUCGCAAUGUUCGAUCAAGCUCAAAUACAAGAGUUCAAGGAGGCGUUCAACAUGAUCGAUCAAAACCGUGACGGAUUCAUUGAUCAAGAAGAUUUGAAAGAUAUGUUCGCUUCCCUGGGAAAAGAAGUGUCAGAACAAUUCAUUGACUCCAUGAUUAAUGAGGCUCCUGGCGCCCAACCAAUCAACUUCACCAUGUUCCUUACCUUGUUUGGUGAAAAACUAACGGGUACUGAUCCGGAAGAAGUCAUUCGGAACGCGUUCCAGUGCUUCGAUGAGGACAACUCUGGAAAACUCAACGAAGAACAUCUUCGAGAGUUACUGACGACAAUGGGCGAGAGAUACACCGAGGAACAAGUGGAUGAACUGUUUAGAGAUGCCCCAAUCAAGAAUGGUCAAUUCGAUUAUGUCGAGUUCACUCGCAUGCUCAAACACGGAACUAAGGACAAGGACGAGGCCUAA